GGUAUAUCCCAUCACGUGUGUCCCUCGCUGACCAGGUCAAUCAUAUAUGAACACGAAACUUUCAUAAUCCUCCCACACUCAUACACAUCUACUGAUUUCUUUUUUCAAUUGCCUUCUAGGGUUUCAGAUCCUGCUUUUUCACUUUUUGUGCAUUGGAGAUGUCGAAAGCUGGAGCAUUAGAUCUUGCAUCUGGACUUGGUGGCAAAAUUGAAAAAGAUGAUGUCCUUUCAGCUGUAGACAAGUAUGAGAAGUAUCAUGCCAGUUUUGGAGGCCUUGAUGAAGAGAGAAAAGCUAACUACAGUGACAUGGUUAACAAAUAUUACGAUCUUGCCACAAGCUUCUAUGAGUAUGGUUGGGGAGAAUCAUUCCAUUUUGCCCCAAGAUGGAAAGGGGAAUCUCUUCGUGAGAGCAUCAAGCGACAUGAACACUUUCUUGCUUUACAGCUUGGCUUGAAGCCUGGACAAAACGUUUUGGAUGUAGGAUGUGGAAUUGGUGGACCAUUGAGGGAAAUUGCUCGAUUUAGUUCAACAUCUGUGACAGGUUUAAACAACAAUGAAUAUCAGAUAACAAGAGGGAAGACAUUGAACCGUGUUGCAGGUGUGGAGCAAACCUGCAGCUUUGAAAAGGCUGAUUUCAUGAAGAUGCCAUUUCCAGAAAACAGUUUUGAUGCAGUGUAUGCAAUUGAAGCUACUUGUCAUGCUCCAGAUGCGGUUGGAUGCUAUAAAGAGAUAUACAGAGUCUUGAAGCCUGGUCAAUCUUUUGCUGCAUAUGAGUGGUGCAUGACUGAUGCUUUUGACCCAAAUAACCGGGACCACCUGAAAAUUAAGGCAGAAAUUGAGCUUGGUGAUGGCCUCCCAGACAUUAGAUCAACAAGCCAGUGUCUUGCCGCUUUGAAAGAAGCAGGUUUUGAAGUUAUAUGGGAGAAAGAUCUAGCUAAAGAUUCACCCCUUCCGUGGUACUUGCCUCUCGACACAAGUCAUUUCUCUCUUACCAGUUUCCGUCUAACAGCUAUUGGACGCUUUUUUACAAAAAACAUGGUCAUAGCCCUUGAAUACGUGGGACUCGCCCCAAAGGGGAGUCAAAGGGUUCAAUCCUUUUUAGAGAAAGCCGCAGAAGGGCUUGUUGCUGGUGGAAAGAAGGAGAUUUUUACACCAAUGUACUUCUUCUUGGCUAGAAAGCCCCAAUAGAAAGCUAAUUUUAUAAAUAUAAACAUAUUCACCCCUGUUUAUCGUAACUAAAUAAAUUUGUUAGUAAAAAAUUGAAGUUAGUUUUGAAACAAA